CUCUUAUUUCUUGAAGCAGGGCCAAACGCAAGCACCCAACCGCUUUACUUCAUUGUUCCUUCGCGGAACAAACCUCAUCUCACCUUACCUUACCCAUUUUCUUCUCUCUCUCUCUCUAACUUUUAUUCCCUUUCCGGCGCUGGAUUUUCAAGGUUUAGUUCUCACUUCUGAUCUGAUGGUGUUUACUGUUGGUCACAUUGUUGAUUUUGAACUGAAGGAUGAAUAGAUGUCAAGUCCAUGUUUGUAGGCGCAUUGUGGUUAUUGGGUAAACCCUGUGUUCUCUUCAAAAUAGAGUAGCUCAGUCUGUUGUUUUGCAGUUAUAUAAGUUGUCUCUUUCGGGGAGAGCAAAGUAUAUGGUAUUAAAGAUUUCCAAUUCCACUUUCAAGCAUUACUUAUUCUUAUUACUUUGAACAUCAUUUUUGCUAUUGGAUAAUCUAAUUCCGCAGUGGGAAGCCUUAUGUUUAUUGCCAUAAAAAGCAAAUUUGUACAAUUAUAGUUGAGGAUCAUGAUUGAUGGACUUAUUUGUUUUCUAUUAUGAUUAAUGAUGCAAAAAAUGUCCUACAGAUUAUCAUUGGAAAUCUAGGAAGUGGCAUUAAUAUGAAGAGGCUAAUUAUAAUCCUGCUAUGUGAUCCUUUUGGUGUGCAGUGUGGGGGGAUGAAGGUUGAUUUUCAGAAGUUCUGUUGGAGUGGUAGUCAACUUUAUAUGUUUCGGUCAGAAGUUGUGAAGUAGUAAUUCAGGUUGGAUUCGUUAAUGUCUGUGUGCUCAGCGGAUGUCACCUAGAUAAUCUGCAGCCUGCAUUUUGAUCUAUCAUGAGAUGUGAUAUCCUAAAAUUAUCUUGUGGGAAUAAUCAAAAUGGUGUGCCCUUAAUGUUGUACCGACUUGGUUUAUCUGGUGAUGGAUGGUGGCAUAAUUUUGGGAUUGCUGUGAGUGCUGCGAUAUGCAUUAGUUACCUCCAGAAAUUUUGUGAUUUACACAUUGGUUGCAGAGCAUUAGGUGGCAGUAAGCUUGAUCAUAGGGGAAAACAAUAAUUAAAAGCAUGGAAUACUAAUGUCUAUAUAGCUGAAGUUCAAGGCCUGAUGGCUUCAGGUUUACAUAGGUCAUGAGCUUGGAGGGGAAACUUGUACCUAAUGUCUCACGACUGAAAUCAAAAGUCCAAAUGAUCAUAAUUUCACUUCCUAGAUGGAGUGUCUUGACUGGAGUGCUGAUUGCAUAUUAAUUAACUAUGCUGCUGGCAAGGCUUGUUUUUGCUGCUGUAAACUAAAGAACAAUUAUGAGACUUGGGCAUUAGGGAGUGUCCCCUUGUGUCUUAGACAUCUUCUUUUUUACUCAUCUUCAGGAAUAUCUAUAAACAUGUAUAUGAACUAUGGAAGCUUGUUUUAUGCAGAUUAUUGCAUAUGCUUUUCUAGGGGUACACAUACAACCCUUGAUUUUGUAUCAUAAAAGACUUCAAUAGUAACAAUCGACGCUGUCUUAUUAUAAUCAUGUAUAUUCUAGUUUUUAGAGAAACUUUUCAUUAUAAUUAGGGGAAGAUUUCAUCUUAAUGUGGAAAUUUACAGUUAUCUUGGACAAGCAACUUCAAGUAGGAAUAUAGAAUUAGGAACUACUAUGCGGGCAAUAAAAUGGCUGCUUAAUCUUUUCUUGGUUUGGCCGUUGUCUUUUAAAGAUUUUCUAUACUAUUUAUGCCUCUUUUAGGUGUCUUUCUCCAUCAUUCUUCCCAUUUAUACAACCAAUUUGGAUCUUGUAGCGAAACUUCUUUUUAAAUUCAUCUAUUUUAUGGUAGAGCUAUUGAUAACCGAGUUUGCAAUGAAGAAUAAAAUCACAAAUGACGUGGAUGGAAAUAAUAUAAAAAUAUUUACAAUUUUUGGGUAUUAAAAUUAGCUUCAAAAAAAGCUGAAAAGUGAAAAAGGAUCCAUAUGGCUGGCCUCAACUAGUCUGAGACUAAGACUUAGUUGUUGUAAAAAUUACUGCACUUACAACUUUUAGUGGUAAACUAGGACAGUGUGGUUGUAAAUUCUACAUCAGCUCAAUAUUGCAGUUCCUGGCUGGCUAUUAGAACUUUUAUUUUUACUUCAUUUUUCAUGGUGCAGUUAACUUACAAAAUGUAUGAAGUUAUACAGGUAAGACGCAAAUUUAAGUCUAAAUUAUUCAGCUAAUCUUAGGCAAUAACUAUUCAUAUGUAGUUUUAAGGUUUUUACAAUUUGUAUUUGGAAUUAAACCCUUUUAAGGAUUUUUGUUUUAUUUUAUUUUAACUAUUGAUUGGAAUUGCAAGAAGAAGUGGUGAUUGAAGUAAAACAAACUCAUAGGCAGUUACUCAAAUGUUGAAGGUAAUAUUGUUUACCAAAAGAAGUGAAAGAUUUUGCUUUCAAAAACUAAGAAAGUUAGUUUCUCCAUCUCUUGUCCUUACCCUAUUAUUUCUUCCUUCUCAUGUCCUUUUGAGUCUUUAGGCAUUUGUUGAAUGUUGAUGAUAAGUUAUUUUAGAAUUAGAAUUAUCUUUUUCCUACAAUUAGUGAGGAAGCACUUGGGGGUUUUAGUUUCCAUUUUUUCACUCUAGAAAUUUCUCUAUUUUUUUCCCUUUGUUUAAUAUACUUUUACUUUAUGCCUACUGUACCUUGAAAAGGCAAACAUGCAUGUGUUACUGUGUUUCUGUUUAACUUUAAAUAACCACGUGUUCCUUAGAUAUCUUUGGGACUAUCACCUUUCACUUGAUAGUUCACAACUUCAUUUCUUCCUAUUUCUGCUGUCAUUAUGAUUUAGAAUUAUGAUUUUCCUGGUAUUUUGAAGAGGUAUAAAUCUAUCAAAAAUCAACAAACAGUUUUCUCCCAAAUAACUUCUGCGAGUAAUAUAUCAGCUUCUUCAGUUUGUUAAAAUUAUGAAUCUGGGAUCUCUUCCUAUUGCUUGACUGGUACGGAUUUUUUUUCAUGCCUGCAAGUUUUUAGCAUGUCUCCAACUUCUCUUUCAUUUCACAAUAUGUUGCAAGACAGUUUCCUGUUAAUUUUACAUGUUUUUUUUGCAGUGAUUAUUAUAUCGAUCCUCAAAAGGUUGGUGGCUAAGAAGGAGAUUGGUAAUAGUUUAUAGGAACGUUUUAGUAAUUUCUUUAGCUCUAUAUCUCACAUUUGGCUUUCUAGGAGAGGCUUCCUGUCUAAUAGCAUUUGAUGCGGUAACAUGGUAGGUGAGAUUACAUCUUGCAGUGCUAGUGAUGAUUUAAGACAAUUGACUUGUGCAGUAGGUACCAACAUAUUUUCCCACUGCUUGUAAGAUAUAUGACCAUUUAUCUCUGCUUAUACCGGAGUUGGAUCCAUUAUUUCUCCAGGAGAGAGAUUUUUUUUCUUGGUUGUUAUUUCUUAUGAAUCUCCUAGUCUAAUACUUAUUAGUUCAGUCAGUGCUUGGAGAUGAUAGGAUCAAAAUAAUCCAAUCUUCUUACUUCUCAUUUUGGCUAUACAGAUGUCUCUAUCUACUCACGGUCAAUUAUUCUCAGUUUGGGGAGCCGCCUUUAUUGUUUUCCACUGCAUCAUGUCCUAGCAUUCUAAUAGGAUGUUGCCGUUGAUAGCCUUGUUUCAUUUGUGAAAGUAAGGGCAUGUUGAUUUACAAUUUUGGUGUCUUGACCUCCUAAGAUUCAAGGCUUAAAAAAAUUCAGUGUACUCUAAUUUGAAUGGUUAAUGAUUUUGGGUUUCUCCUUAAUUUGACAUAAUUCAAGUUCGAAGGAAUAUUGUUAUGGGUCAUAGGCAUUUAUUCAGCACAUCCCAAAUGUUCGACGGCGAACAGGAUCAGAAUUGGAAUAAUAUGCAUAUAGAGCAACCUUAUGCAAAUUUGGCCAGGGUAGGUCCUGCUGAGAAUGGUGCUUUCUUUUACCAUGCUGAAAGUAUGCCUCUGGAUGGAGUGCAUUUUGCGUCUCAACGGAACCCUGCACCAAUGUCAAAUGCAUUUAUUUCCUCAAGCCACAGUGUUGAAGUGUCACAUUAUCAGCCAGAUGCUGCAGGCCCAUCUCAUGAUCCUUUUCUGCAUUCAUCAACAGUGGGAACCUUUUGUGCAGUUCCAGAAAAUCAUGCACAUGCUUCGUCUUCCAAUUAUGACAGACAGACGAUUAAUGGCAUUGAGGGUGACCUUUUUGAUCUUACAAUGGGCAAUGGAAGGGGGCCCCACAAGCGAAAAAGCCCUGGAGUCCCCUCUUCAUGUGAAGGGGGCAGUACAAGCAGGUAUUAUGGUGCUGGAAGUUCAUCGGAUCCCUCUGUGCCUUCCGAGUUGCGGCUGGAGAAACCAAAUUUAGAUCCUCAAUAUAUGGCCUGGGAAUGCAUUACUAUGGCCCCUAGCCAUCGAGGCAAUCUCUCAAUUGGGCCUGAGAGUUCUAUCAGGAAUGUUAGAAGCAGGCCUGCACUUGAUCUAGAAACCAACCUGUCUAGGACCCAUUUAUCUAGCAAUUCUUCCCAUAAUUCCUAUCAUGCAGGUCACCCUUUUGACCAUUCCAGCUCAGUGGAUUUCUCAAGUCAAAGUUCUAGCGCUAUGACACAUAACUGGAGUCAUACCAGAACAUCUACUGCUUCUGGAAGGAUGCUAGUUUCGGAUGCUAAUGGUUAUACUCAUGAGACAAACCACUUCCUUGUUGGAAGCAGCAUACCUAAUGCUUCUGCAGAUGUUAGGGGAUAUCACCAUGAUUUCAUUUCAAGUAGAAACCCUGUUGUUCCUCAAAGUUUCCAUAGUGCCUCAGCACAUUCUGCCAGAGGCAUUCGCAGUAGCUAUUCUCAGAGACCUAGCCCAACUUUCAGGGCUUCCUCCAGCAGUUUGCGGUUGGGGCAUAUGGCACCUUCUGAUGAUGGGAUGCCAUUGGUUGCCGAAAAUUUCUCAUCCAGACAACCAAGGCUAUUAUCAACUGCAGCUUGGCGUAAUAGUGAUAGGAAUGGGAGAUCAAGGAAUUCUUAUGAGAGAUACAGAUCGCUGCCCAAUGAGCCAAGUCUUCAUGAUCGAUUUUCAUCUGAGGGUUUUAUGGUUGUGGAUCGCUCAGCCUUUUAUGGAUCCAGAAAUUUGUUUGAUCAGCAUAGGGAUAUGAGGCUAGAUAUAGACAACAUGAGCUAUGAGGAACUACUUGCACUGGGUGAAAGGAUUGGGAGUGUCAGCACAGGUUUGGAUGAAGAUCUGAUAUCCAAGUGUUUGACAGAAACAGUAUAUCGUUCUUCAGGCCAAAGCGAGGAUGAAGGAACUUGUGUGAUUUGCCUGGAAUCCAUGUUGCAAUUGGCAGGAGGAGUACAAAGAUAUGGAUGAUGUUGGUUCGUUGAAAUUUUGUGGCCACAAUUACCAUGUGAGCUGCAUCAAGAAAUGGCUAUCAAUGAAGAACUUGUGUCCAAUCUGCAAAGCUUCCGCUGUGGCUGAUAACAUGAAGGAAUAAAUUUCAAGUACCUUGUCAACCAUUUACAUUUUUUUUUAAUUAUCCAAAACUAUUUAUCAUUGUUGUAUAUAGUACUUGCUCAAAAGAAGAAACAGAUGAACUGAAUUUUCUAGGGAAUAUGUAAAUGAAUGCUAGUCAAUGUUAAAUCAAUUUGUUGGAGGUUCCCAUCUCAAAUUUGUGGAGCCUGAAUGCUGUUCCAA